UCGGAUUUCAAAAAAGCACGGAGAGUGCGGCCGUCUGCGUACAGGUGGCUCAGCAAAACACACUCGCGGGAGCCAGCGACAAGCCCAGCACCUACGCUAUCGAGCGCACGAGGCCGCGCUCGUCUAGCGGACAAAAAAACAGACCGCAGCCAGGGCACUGUUGUACACACGCCGCCGACGCGCGCUACAUAAUGGCCGACGUCAGCGUAAGAGCCGAAGCGCGCAAGGCCCUCGCCCAGUUCGCGCGGCUCUACCCUAAAGAACAGAGAGGACAAGUGGUCGACAUCGUCUCCGCGUACGGCGUCCGCUGUAUUUUGAAUGAGGUGGCGCUCGAGCAGCUGAGCCCCGCGCGCCUCGCGGAAGCGUGCGAGGACGCCAUUAGCGAGCUGCCGGCCAUGCUGAAGCCGAGACCUAGGGGUGGCCGAGGUGAUGUGAAGCCCGAGCCCCCUUCGAGAGUCGCCAUCGCAAGAAGAGCGCACAGAAGGGUGCGCAAGGAUUCCGGCAGGCAGUACCCUUUCGUGGACGACGAGCAGCAGGGCGUGGCCGCCGUGCUGAGCGGAGAAGCUUCUAGGGAUGCGUCCAAGUUCCUCGAAGCCCCGCCGGCCGAGCAAGCGCGGCGGGCGAGGGGCGUCUUCGCUGCUUUACGGACGCAGCCUAAUAGACUACUGAGGAGCGCUGCUGGUCCCGCCUUAGAAGAGGUGGCGGGCCGGCCCUUCCCGCCGGCCGAAGUUAGACUACUACUGGGAGACCACUGGGACGACGUCUCGGAGCUCCAGUUCCUCAAGGCGGUCCGACGAGUAGCUCAAGGCGGGUAUGACGUGCCCGAGGAGCGGUGGGAGGAUUCCUUAAGGGGCGAGUUGACCGACGAACCGGCUUACGUGGCACCGACGUCGGCCGUCGCGGCCUUUGCGCAGCCUUCGUUUCAACCCGCCAUCGAGGAAGCACCGAGAAGGAAGGCGCCUAGAGCCUGGGCGCUGCCUCUAGAUGCGCCCACGGUGUCCACCGCGGCGAAACAGAGACCUCUCGCUCGCCGAAGGCCGAACCCCACGCGCCAGGCCUGGGUGUCUGAAGCGAAGAGGAACGUGUCGAGAAAAACGCCGCGCUAUCUAGUGAACGUCGAAUCGAAGAUCAAGGACCAGCUGAACGCUCAUAGAGCGCGCCUGAAGCGGGAGCGGGCCGCGGGUCGGGACGCGCUCGGCGACUCGUCCAAUACUCCUCGAGCCGUGGACAUCGCGGACGCGUUCCUGCGGAGCGAGGCGCCGCAGUGGGACUCGACCAUUGAUGAUGCUGCCUUAGAUGAUUAUGGUUUGCCGGCGGACGACCAGCCGGUGCCCGAUUACCAGCCGCCCCGGCGCAAGGAGGGCGAGCGGCCCGACUACUCGUCGUGGGUCGGCGACUACGGGCCGGUCAACGCCAAGGGCGAGAAGCCGAUGCCUCCGGCCGACGGCGAGGAGGCGGCCCGCGACCUCGCGGCACCGGCGGACGUCGACGCGGCGCUGCAGGCCGCGGCGGCGGCGCCCGCCGAAACGGCGGAGGAGGCCGACGAUGACGCGCUCGACGAGGCCUUCCUCCAGGAGCUCGCGGGCGACGGCGCGGAGACGCUGUCGGCCGGCGAGGACGCGGUCCUCGACGACUGAGCCUGCUGUUCCCGCGCCCCCCGACGUAAGAGACCCGGGGUGUAAGUCAUCUGGUACUAUAC